CUCGGCAAAGUCCCAACCACAAAAGUUGAUUGUUUGGAAGAAUUCGCGACGGCGGCGGUUCGGGUUUCGCGUGUGUGUUUAAAUUCGCGUUAGAGACGUCUCGUUGAACGACGUGGUUAACAACAAAGUGGCUUCGUCAGCAGUUUAUUUGAUGUGGAAAUAAUAGAAUCAUACCCCAUGCAACGAACAGUAUUCACCAGUUCCUUAAGUAAGUGUGUUGCUAAACUCCAGUUCCAAAGCAAACGAAUUUCCUGCUGCAGAAGCAAACUGUGUGUGCAGUGUGUUUGUGUGUGUUUCAGUGUCUCAAACAUUAUGGCGUGAAAUAGGUGUCACUGCAGUUAAUUCGACCAAGUGUGAAUUCCUGAACUGGACUGCGUGACCGGUGACCGGCACCGGCAAACUUCAACAUGGGCAAAACUACGAGUAAAUUAGAUAAACGCCGAUCACAAAGUAUCUCCUGGAGUCACAAGUUUGGAUCGCUGAACCGGCGCCGGAAGAAUGCCGGCGGCCCUUCGAUGGUCAUAACAUCGUGCCCCCACCUGGAGGUGCCCGGAUGGCUGACUCGGCUGGAUCUGGACGAGUAUCAAGACAAAUUCAAACAGUUCAACGGCGUCGAAGACUUCCUGUAUUACAGCGAGGCGGACAUCAAGAAGCUGGGUAUUCGCAACAAUGCUCACCGAGCGCGGAUCAUCAGCAGCCUGGUAGCACUGCGGGAGAACCCAUCAACAGGAAGUUUAAAACGCGCAGAAACGCUACGAAAAGUGGUCCGGCACAGUGUGGCGGUUGAUUCCAGUCGACAAGUGGAACAGAAUGAAUCUCAGGAUGCUGUCUAUGAGUGUCUGACGGCCAGCAACGCGAAGCAAAGUAAGAGCCUGGGCGAUCUGUUAGAUAUGGAAACGACGACCCCGGACGGCGGCAACGAGUCGGUCGCCCUGAAGAAGGCCCUCGAGUGGGAGCUGUCGCUGGACUCGCGGGAUCUGCGGUCGCACGCCUGGUACCAUGGGCCGAUUCCACGGCAGCGGGCCGAGGAGAUCGUCCAGAAGGAGGGCGACUUCCUGGUGCGCGAUUGCGUCUCCCAGCCGGGCAACUACGUGCUGACGUGCCGCACCAAGGGCCCCACGCUGCACUUUGUUAUCAAUAAGCUACUGAUUCAGCCUGAAACCGUAUACGAGAGAGUACAAUAUCAGUUCGAGGACGACGCCUAUGACACAGUUCCUGAUUUGAUAACGUUUUAUGUAGGCUCAGGAAAAUCCAUUUCGGCAGCCUCCGGAGCACGGAUCCAGUUCCCCUGUAAUCGACUGUACCCGCUGUCGUUCUACGCUUCCAAGUAUGGCCAGCACGGCGGCAUCGGUGGCAUCCGAGGGCCCAGCCCACUUAAUUCGCCCUCGCCGGUGCCCUCGUCGCCUGGAUUUAGGUACAACCCGUACACCCAGCAGCCAAACACAUAUCGAAGUCCGAUGUCUUCGCCCCCGCGAACCAAGCGCGAAACCCCGCCCCGUCUUCCCUCGAAGAAGCAGCGGUCCCAGUCGUUGACGCCGCUGCAGGGCGGUCCCCAACCCGGCCAGCAGCGGUACUGCAGCGCCGACGGUGUGAUACAACCCCAGCCCGGGCAGCAGCAGCAGCAGCACCAGUCCAACGGCGGUUCCGACAGCAAAACUCUUCCAAAGCAACCUUCCUCGCGGUUCACCACCACCGGUUCGACGGAAAAGUGCAACAGUGCCGAUGGGGUUAUCCAUGGGACGGGUAAUUCUGGCAGUUCUGGUGGGGAGGAGAAGUGCUCCAGCGCGGAUGGGGUGGUCAAGACGUCGAUGUCACGUUCUGGUUCGCAAUCGUUGCCACGGUCGAACAGUUUGAGAUCUUCCCAUGGUAUGAUGGGUUCGCGAACGUCCAGCAUCAACAAGGAGUCCAGCGAACACUCGCUCAGUCCUUGCAUUGAGCAGAAGCAGUUUGCCGAGGACGAGGAGGAGGCGGACCAGGCGCCAAGUCCUCCGCCGAAGCCGAUUCGGGGUGGAGGUGGUGGCAACGGAGGUGGACUUCACCGGAAAGAUUCUAUGAAGGAAGCAGAUCCUCACGGCGCGAUCCAUCGGAUGGGCUCGUACCAUCCGAGUGGUUCCGACUCGGGCAACGGAUCUGGAGAUUCGGCCCAGAGUUCGGCGGCCGGUGAAGAGAUCGUGCCGCAGCAUCGCGGUGGAGUGAUCCUGAAGAAUCCGCGCUUCAUCCCACACUCGAUGUCCUCGAUCACGCUCCGAUCGUACGCCGAUUUUGAUCCGCUGGCCGCCGAGGAGGCCCUGUUGGCGAUGAGCGCCCCAGUAUUCGAGCAGGUCUCGAGAUAUGAUUUGGAAAAUUUCAACACGCUUCUGUUGCCGUUCUGUGAUUACAAACCGCUCGAUAGUGGAACGCUGUCAACGUUCCGGAUGAUGCUGCAUGAAACUGGUUCGCGGGUCAUCGCAACUCACCUCACCAGAGUGGAUAUUAGCUUAAUUUUAGAGAAAGACGAAUCCCUGCAGGACAACCCGCUCAACUGCACCGGUCUGGAGCUGAUCACGCUCGAGCAGGGCCGCCAGUUCCGGCUCGAUCUGAUCGAACGCACCGAGUGCAUCAAGCUGCUGGUCGCGGUCACCAUCCUCACCUGCCAGGACGACCUCGAGCGGGCCGAAACGCUCAACAAGUGGAUCCAGGUGGCGGUUGAAACCAAAACUGCCCUCGGCAACCUGUUUGGCUUCUGUGCCAUCAUGCUGGGGCUGUCGAUGCCACAGAUUCAAAAGCUCGAGACCACGUGGCACACGCUGCGCCAAAAGUACACCGACAGUGCAUUUAAUUUCGAAGCCAAACUACGACCAACGCUCAACAGCAUGAACGACUGCUCGAAUCCGCAGGCACCGAACACGACGAUACCGCACUUACUGCCAUACAUACUGGUUAAGGAUCGCACCAUCAACGACGUACUAGUUGACCCGUCCCAGGCGCAAAGCUCGACCCUCGUGCAGAGCUGCGUGACCACGUGGGAAACCAUCAGCCAGGACUUUGGCUUCUCGAUACUGUUUGCCCACCUGGACGCGGCGCGGAGUUUCGUCAACAACCUGUCGCUGUACAAGAAGAACGCGGCCGGCGUGAUGCAGGACACCAGCCGGUACGAUGCGCUGCUCGAGGACGCGUUCCGGACCGAGUUCCAGGUCAAGUUCCUGUGGGGCUGCAAGGGCUGUUUCGUGCCGGCCGAGGAUCGCCACGCCAAGUUCGAGCACGUGCUCAGCGUGAUGGCGGACAAAUUCUGCGGAGGAGCCGCAGAACCCCACACACUCAACGCUGCCGGCUAA